GGGAGGCCGAGAGCCAAGUCUUCCGUACUGCGUCUGCGCCUCAGGCUCCCCGCCCGCCCAUUCUACGCAUGCGCGGCGCGACUAAGGGCUGACGGGAACUAGAAGAUGGCGGCGUCCGCGGUCUGCCGGGCGGCUAGCGCUGGAGCACAAGUGCUGCUGCGCACCCGCCGUUCGCCGGCCCUGCUGAGGACGUCUGCCUUGCGGAGUACCGCAACCUUCGCCCAGGCCCUCCAGAACGUGCCGGAGACUCAGGUCAGCCAGUUAGACAACGGGCUGCGUGUGGCCUCCGAGCAGUCCUCCCAGCCUACCUGCACGGUGGGAGUGUGGAUCAAUACUGGCAGCCGUUAUGAGAAUGAGAAGAACAAUGGUGCAGGAUACUUUGUGGAGCACAUGGCUUUCAAGGGAACAAAGAAUCGUCCUGGCAAUGCCCUAGAGAAGGAGGUAGAAAGUAUGGGGGCCCAUCUUAACGCCUACAGCACUCGGGAGCACACUGCUUACUACAUCAAGGCGCUGUCCAAGGACCUGCCAAAAGUUGUGGAGCUCCUUGCUGACAUUGUGCAGAACUGCAGCCUGGAAGACUCACAGAUCGAGAAGGAACGAGAUGUGAUCCUGCGAGAGAUGCAGGAGAAUGAUUCAUCUAUGCGGGAUGUAGUCUUUGAUUACCUGCAUGCCACAGCGUUUCAGGGCACACCUCUAGCCCAGGCUGUGGAGGGAUCCAGUGAGAAUGUUAGGUAAAUGCAUGCCCCCAUGGACUACAUACCUUCCAGGCUGUGGUUUUGUUUUGUU